AUGAAGGGAAAUAGUCGUUUUAUUUCUAUUAUUCUGAUGAUCGCUAUUCUGAUCUUCUCAGGCAUACAUUUGGGUAUUAGUAUUGGAAUUAUUGAUAGUUCUCAUCAGUAUGGUAAUAUUUUUCGUCGAGAACAAGAUUUGUCUAUAUUCAAUAUUAUUAUCGGUAUUCUUGGUAUAAUUAUUAGUUUAUUUGGUCUCUUUGCUUUAAUAACUAGACGUGUAGUUUUGAGUAAAAUUACAGCUGGUAGUUGUUUGUUUCUCAGUUUAUGUGCACUUGUUUCUUUGAUUGCUGCAAUUGCAAUUAAUUUUGGAGCCGCUAGUUAUAUUAGUUCACAUUUCUUGAAUAAUAUGAAGCGUUAUGAUACCAGUGCACAUGCUCGAAAUAGCAUCGACAAUAUUCAACGAAAUUAUGAUUGUUGUGGUCAUAAAAUGUGGAUUGAUUGGGCAACAAUAUCAUCAGAUGCAACGUUAUCCAAUAUAGAUAAAACAACUAGCUCAAGCACAACGAUAUCAUCUGAUAUGAAUGUACCACCUAAAAAUGGAGAUGGAAGAAAAAAUAGCAAGAGUAAGACUACACCAGAAACCGAAAGUAGCACAACAUCUAAUAUUAUAACAAAUUAUGUUGUCUGGCCAAAUUCGAACAGUAACCAAGAUUCAAAUGAAGAAGUGCAACAAGUACCAUCUCAAAAUUCAAAACCAGAAAUACAAAUUUAUCCAGUAUCAAAAACAGCAAUGCAAUCUAAUAAUCCUUCGUCUGUAUAUAGAGUCAGCGAUCGUAAUCCACAGGACAACAAUGCAGCACCAUCGAACCAAUUAUAUUAUAUACAAAAACGACAAAUACAAUCAAACCAUCCCAAUAUCGAUGAUAUAUCUUCACCUUUUAAUAUCUUUUUACCUGAAUCAUGCUGUGCAAAUAGAGUAUCAACAGUAUUCAAUUCAUUUGAUUCAUAUUGUGUAUCUAGUGCUGAUGAUACACCAAGCAGUUAUCAUAAAGUUGGAUGUUCAAAUAGAAUUAGCAAAGUUGCUGCUCAUCAAACAACUUCUAUUGCCAUCAUUAAUGUUUGUCUUCUUAUUUUUGCAUUGGUCGCCAUUCCUGUAGUUAAAACAGCGUAUUCUAAUUAUGAAAGUCCUCCAAAGAAAUAUAGAAAUUCAUCAAUACAAAGUCAACAAUUUCAUUAUGGAUAUUCCGAUCAUGCUGUAUUCAAUAAAACUCCAAAAACUUCCGUUAUUAACUACAAUACGGACUAUUCAAUAUUUCAGUAA